UUGUGGCAUGGACUACAUAUAAUUAAAGUGUCACAAUUUAGAAUCAUAAAUAAGACGAUCUCGAAUAGAUUGAACUGGCAAGCUCAUUAACGAGCUCAUUAAACAAAAAUUGUAAUAAAUAAUGCAAACAAAAUCCCACCUUCUAUUCAACGAAAAAAAAAAUCCCACCUUUUUUAUGAGCCAAGUGUGAACUAGGUAAAAAUUUGACUUAGUUUGAGUAGUUGCAUAUUACGGUUAAAUUAUGGGGACCUUUUUUGUAAAUAUGUUUUCUGUGAGGACGACAUUGGGUUUUGUGGUUAAAGCCCUACGUGUUUAGCUACUACUUAAGUCUAAUUCUGGCUUAAUGGUUCCUUAACAAAAUACAAGAACCCCAUCAGCCACCGUGGAGUAAAUCCUCUUUAAGAGGUUGUACCAAGUUAAAUCUCGUAUCCUUUACGUUCAUUUACUUUGAUUCGUGCUAGAUUAACAUGGUAUCAGAUCCUCUCGCGUUUCUUCAUGUCUAGACUUGUCGUACUUCACUUCUGAUGACUCGAUAUUUGCACAUGUUUUUCCCUUUGUUUCUUGAUUGUUUAAACUUGCAUUAUCGCUUCUUUGGCCUAUUUUACGCUGGGUUGUGUUCCUUUGUCACAUUUCAGGUACCAAGCGUCGAAGGAAAGGCUAGGCGCAAAUUUCAAGUCAAUCGGAAAUCAAUUGGCGAUUGGGGACAAGAAACUCGGGCAUGACCUGUAGCAUAAUGGAUUUAUACCAAGCGUCGAAGGAAAGGCUAGGCGCAAGUUUCAAGUCAAUCGGAUUUCAAUUGGCGAUUCGGGACAAGAAACUCGGGCAUGACCUGAAGCAUAAUGGAUUUAUAACUCAUUUAUGGUCAAAUAAUCAUGCAAGCUUGUCCUGAAAAGAAAGAGGAGGAGAAUACGAGUAUCUGGGAUCAAACGGCGACUGAUUCGGAGUCCGGACGAGGGAGAAACUAAGCAUUGAAUAUAGGGGAACAUGUUCGGCAGUAAAAACACAGGCAGAGUACCCUCAAAACAUGGUCGUAUUUCAUCUGGCACCUGCUAGUAUUUUUUAUGCCGAGCCUCUCUGGUGAGGACUGGUGAAGGGAUUUAAAACACGGGCGGGACCAAAACACGGGCAGGACUAAACACGGGCGUGAUUUCACCCUACUAGGGUAUAAGUCUGUUUUCUGCGAUUUUAGAGAGAGAGAGCUGGGUUUUGGUUCCCAAACACCCAAGGGACGAACCCUAGAGAGAGAGCAACAUUCUUAGAGCUAUUUUUGAGGAUUUCUUCACCUUAGGAGUUCGGGAAUCAAGUUUGGAGAUGGAGAUUGAAGAUCUAGAUCAGAUUUCUGCAGUCUCUCUCUUCUCUAUGGAGUAACUUCCCUUCACUUAGGUUUUGAGGAACCCUAGUUCCAUGUGUUAGGAUCUUUCUUGUUUGAAGUUUUGAAUGCUAUAUUGUUUGUUUAUAAUUGAUUGAGGCAUGAUUUAUAGAGUCAAUUGAAGCCUGAUCAUCUUCUCUUGAUUUCUACUUUAACCUAUGAUAGAUAGAAUCUGAUUAGGUUAAGAGAGCCUCCUUGAUUGAUAGUGGUGAAUUGGUUGUGCGAGAGUCAAUCAAUUCACUUCUUUGUACUGGAAUUCAUUCCAGUAGUGGAGAUCUAUGUGAAUCGCCUUAGCAGUCUAUCCCGGUGAAGGCUAGUUGCUUGCCGGGUAUUCUGUCUAAGAGGGCUUGGUCAGCUUAAGAUAUUCCAAGCUAAUUUAGGAUCUUUCACAAUUUAACCAAAGGUAAUUGCAACUUGGACCUAAUUGAGGAGCUAGGGGGAAUCAUACCUAAGUGAGUUCCCAACUUGUAAUUAGUAGAGUAGUUAGUAGAGUAGUUUAGUAAAUUAAUCCUUAAUCUAGUUUGCUAGAUAAUGAACUGAAGCCGAGUAAUAGUAACUCUAGAGACCCGUGGAUUCGAUAUUUAUUACUUGUGCCACUAUAGUGCAGUCCCUUUUAUUGGUUACACUUGGCCAUUGUUAGGUGUUGUGUUUUAGCGUGUCAAGUUGUUUUUCUUUUCCACCCUUGCUUUUCACUUGGGUGUUUUUGUUUUUGUUGGUGCAGAUCUAAAUCAUGGAUCCUAAUGGCUUCUCCAACCAGUGGGGGUAUCCACCACCACCAGAGUGGUAUUACCACGAUACUUCCCGGAACAAUCAAGGAGGGGAAGACUAUAGAUUCGGGUUUCAGUAUCAAAGCCCCUAUUAUGAAGAACAAUCAAACCCCUAGGCAUAUCAAGAACAACCUCCUUAUCAAGAAGAAUUUCUCCCACAACCAGAAGGUCCAUCGGAGCUAGAGUAGCCAUGGAAGCCUUCAUGGGCCAUUCUGCAGAGCCAUGCUACACUCCACGGCCAGAUUCAAACUAUGAAUAGAGGCUUCUCGUGGAGCAGUUUGCUCGAGAAACUGAGAGAUCAUACUCCAAGAUGGAUCUUUAUACCCAGGCCUAUCGUGAAACAGAGGAGAUCCUCUUGAGUAUUAAGAAGAGCCUCGAGGAUCUUGAGAAAUCUUAUGCACAGCCUGCUCAAGAUCACCCUUAUGCUACUAUACUAGAAGAGGAGGAGGAAGACGAAGGCUACGAAGAAAUUGUGGAUCAGACAGAAGUUGUCACGGAGAGCUCCCGUGAUGAUCAUGAUCAAGAAUGUCCUGUUGUAGCCGACCACACCUUCCCACACCCCACACUGAGCUUUGAAGAGGCGGGCAUGAGUGAGGAGAUGCAAGAUGAUCUCAUCGAAGAAAUUGCUUGGCCACUUGCUCUCCAAUCUGUGCUGGAAGAAGAAGAGCAAGAAAGCGUGCAGAAAGAAGUUGUGGAGGAUGACAAAAGUGAAGCAGAAGGAGUUAUUGAUCCUUUUCCAGGGGUGAUACCACAUUUUGAAGAAGGAAGGGAGGUUGAAGAAGCAAUUGGCGUCCAGGCCGAGGAUGAAGUUAAGGUGGAAGAGGCUUGCACCGGCCAUGAGUUACAUGUGAUAUCUCCACCAAACUUCAAGGAACUACUUAGCAAGGACCCAUUUGCAGUGUCUCUUUGCCAGACCAAGGCCACAUCGACAUUGGUCCCUCUUGGUGGACGCGAUGGUGGUCAAUCGGUGCUGUCAUAUCUAGUUUGGGGCAAUGAGACGAGAGAAGAAGAGAAGAAGAGUUCUCGAGGAUGGAGACUUCAUCCGCAUCAAGUGCACGAGCCUUCAUCACUUAUCAUACCACAUGCUCGUCACUUGAGACUCCACCUCAUUGACGAGAACCUCAACUUCAAAGAGGUUUUAGGGUGUAUCGAAGUUUAAGAGACACCGUCCGGCUCACGACAUGAAAGAAGCAUUUGUUGGGAGGCAACCCAACCAGUCGGUUUGCAUUUUUUUCCUAUUUAUCCUUGGUUGAGUCUGUUUUUUUCUUUGAUUUUAGAGUCAAUAACUCAACCAUUAUGAGAUUUUGUGUGGUGUUUGUGUUCCGACUACUCUCUCCUCCUGGAAUGCACCACCUGCCCUAUUCACCAUCAUUCACACUUGAUCUGGUAACUUCGUUCUACCCUCCUUAUCUAUCCUCCAUUGAGGACAAUAUCGUGCUUAAGUGUGUGUGUGUGUGGGGGGGGGGUGUUUGAUUAUGUAUGCGUGUGCUUGGAGCCUAGUCCGCUGUACAAAUCUCGAGAUUUGAGGGCUCCAAGUACUGAUGUUUGCAUGAUCUUAUUGGCACUGUGGGCUUGAUUGGUGAAUCGAAUGGCUUUCGAAUUGAUGCAUGACAACUGGAUUGUGACUAGGACAAUCUAUAAUGAUGACUAAGACGUGCAGUAGAGUUGUGUAGGGGUUCAGUGUUUCAACUGUUUGCUUACCAACUGUGACUUGGAUUGCUCACUUUUUCUUAACAGUCGUUUAUGCAUCUAGUUCAGGGAAACAAAAUGAGAGAUGGAGCAUAUAGGUAGCCAUGUGAGAUUUAAGCCAGCUCGUUUCUUUCUUGUGCGAUAGAUCCCUCUUCCAUGAUGUGUAGCAUUCAUGUUGUCAUUAGCUAAGAUGAUGGAGGCAUAGGAAUAGCCCACUAACAAAUUGACUUUCCUGGUGUGUCAUACCCCCCUAGUCAGCCCCUUUGAGCCGUGUCACUUUCUUUCUUUCGGUCUACAAUGAGAAAUCACCCGUUUGCAUCUCUUAGAAGGUUCCACAAAGUGGUCUUUGCUUGUUCUCUAUUGUUCAUGCUAAAAAUAAUGUGAGGGUUGGAGGUAGUGCUUAGAAGUUGGGCAUGUGUUUGAAAAAUGUGCAGAGGUGGUGGUUCUCUCAAGAAAUGAAAAAAAAAUGAAUGAAAGCAAAAGAGAGUCACUACCAAAAAUCUGAAUCAUGCUCAUUAAGUAGUGUUUCUUAGCAGUCUGGCUUAGAAAUACUAACAUUAUUGUGACCUCCUUUGCUCUUGUGCUCUAAAGAAUUUGAGUAAUGCAGAAUGGCAGAAAGAAAGUAAGUGGUUUGAUUGGCUGUGAAUGUGUUGGGUUUGGAAUUGUGGAACCUUGUGCUAUGAAUACUUCCACCGCCUAUAAGGCAUUUUCCCCAUGUCCAAGACCCUAGCCCGCCAUCUGAACUUGUGUCCAAGACCUCCGGAUUAGUUAGUGGUGACAUCCCUUAUGUGAACUCUAACAUUAAGAGGCUGUUGUCAUGGUUAAGAGAUGUUAGGGAUUGAGAGAAUAACCAUGCGCAUUUUUCGCGUCAAAUUGUCCUGAACCCACUGAUCGAGGGUGAGCGAUUCAUUUCCUUGUUCUUUACACUCUUUACCCCGGUGAGGACCCAGCUGACUCGGUCUUGAUUCUGAUGUCUUUAGUUUAUGCAUGAAGUGACUAUCUUGGAUAAGUGGUUGAGUCGAGUCUAUGUUGGUUGGUGAAUAGAAGGGAGACUCCUCCUUUACCCGACUUUGCUGCACUCAAAUGUCCUUUGUGGUGGUUGUCCAGGUUGCUGUUGAAGUUGUCCAUGUGUUGAUGUCUAAAAGCCAUUAUGAUUCCUGUGUUUCGUGCCUAUAUGAUAGGUCCCCAAGGGUUGCAUGGUUAAAAUGUUUUGAGCUUACCUUGUAUCUGACUUUGUUUGCCUGGGGACAAGCAAACGGUUAAGUGUGGGGGGAUUUGAUGACUCGAUAUUUGCACAUGUUUUACCAGUUGUUUCUUGAUUUUUUAAGCUUGCAUUAUCGCUUCUUUGGCCUAUUUUAUGCUAGGUUGUGUUCCUUUGUCACAUUUCAGGUACCAAGCGUCAAAGGAAAGGCUAGGCGCAAGUUUCAAGUCAAUCGGAUAUCAAUUGGCGAUUCGGGAGAAAAAACUCGGGCAUGACAUGAAGAAUAAUGGAUUUAUACCUAAUUUAUGAACAAAUAAUCAAGCAAGCUUGUCCUGAAAAGAAAGAGGACGAGACUAAGAGCGUCUGGGAUCAAACGGCGACCGAUUCGGAGUCUGGACGAGGGAGAAACGAAGCAUUGAAUAUAGGGGAACAUGUUCGGCAGUAAAAACACGGGCAGGGUACCCUCAAAACAUGGUCGUGUUUCAUCUGGCACCUGCUAGUGUUUUUUAUGUCUAGCCUCUAUUGUGAAGAUUGCUGAAGGGAUUUAAAACACGGGCGGGACCAAAACACGGGCGGGACUAAACACGGCUGUGUUUGUCCCUGUUUGGGUAUAAGUUUGUUUUCUGCGCUUUUAGAGAGAGAGAGCUGAGUUUUGGUUCCGAAACACCCAAGGGAUGAACCCUAGAGAGAGAAAGCCACUUGGGAACAUUCUUGGAGCUAUUUUGGAAGAUUUAUUUGCCAUUGGAGCUCGGGAAUCAAGCUUGGAGAUGGAGAUUGAAGAUCUAGAUCAGAUUUCUGCAGUCUCUCUCUUCUCUAUAGAGUAACUUCCCUUCACUUAGGUUUUGAGGAACCCUAGUUCCAUGUGUUAGGAUCUUUCUUAUAUGAAGUUUUGGAUGCUAUAUUGUUUGAUUAUAAUCGAUUGAGGCAUGAUUUAUAGAGUCAAUUGAAGCCUGGUCAUCUUCUCUUGAUUUCUGCUUUAACCUAUGAUAGAUAGAAUCUGAUUAGGUUAAGAGAGCUUCCUUGAUUGAUAGUGGUGAAUUGGUUGUGCGAGAGUCAAUCAAUUCACUGCUUUGUACUGGAAUUCAUUCGAGUAGUGGAGAUCUGUGUGAAUCGCCUUAGCAGCCUAUCCCGGUGAAGGCUAGUCGCCUGCCGGGUAUUCUGUCUAAGAGAGCUUGGUCAGCUUAAGAGAUUCCAAGCUAAUUUAGGAUUUUUCGCAGUUUAAUCAACAGUAGAUCAACCAAAGGUAAUUGCAACUUGGACCUAAUUGAGGAGAUAGGGGGAAUCAUACCUAAGUGAGUUCCCAACUUGUAAUUAGUAGAGUAGUUAGUAGAGUAGUUUAGUAAAUCAAUCCUUAAUCUAGUUUGCUAUAUAAUGAACUGAAGCUAAGUAU